CUCUUGGUCCCCAUUGGCUCUUAUUCCACGUUAUCCUCUCCUGCGGUUUCUUAUUGGUAAAGGCCACACCCUCUCAUUUGUCACCAAACCCCGCCUUCAGUAGUCGAGGGUUCCUCCCCCAUCCAUCCUUCAUUCAUUCUGCAUCUAGUGCUGGAUGGAUGUUCGGGACAUGGGGGUGAAUCAGAUCCGUCCCUGCCCUCGGGGAGUUCAGGAGGUGGUGAGGGGACAUGGACCUAGGCUCCGACAGUGACAGCCUAGGGCGGUAAAGAAGCCGCUGAGACACGGAGACCCUUUAGACGCCGGGAAGGCUUCCCACAGGAGAGGUCGACAGUGUGGGGAGUUGGAGUAACCCAGGUGGAUGUAACCUGCAGGACAGAAUGGUGCUGGACUCAGGAGCUCAGGUGUAUGAGCAGGCACCCCUCAGCCCACCUGCCAGUUCCCCAUCACUGCGCCAUAGGCUGAAGCCCUCAGACAGAGAUGGGUCACCGCUGUACCCCUGGCCUUCAUCCCUGGCCUUGCCCCUGGGUAUGGCAGUCCCCUCAGCACUGCGGCCCCAGCCUGAGCAGCAGCCCUUCUCAGAGCUAUGCUUGGGCCACCGUGGGCACAUGCGUCGUAGUGAGAGCACCUACACUGUAAAUAGUACUGGCCAGCGGGGGCAUGCUACCCAGGGACAGGUCCCACCUGGACGGGGACGGAACCUAGGUGGUGGCACCCUGCGGUCUGCAGCCUCCCUGCCUCACAUUGCUAAGACUCGAAGGGAUACAAGCCAUGGUGCCAGCAAAAGCCCCUGCAUGUUGGUGGCCCUGCGGCCAACCAACAUGGACCGCGAGCGGGACAAGUUCUUCCAGUCCCAUUACACGUACAAUCCGCAGUUCGAGUACCAGGAGCCCAUGCCUACAACUGUGCUGGAGAAGUACCGUGAGGCCUCUGGACAAUUCAUCCAUCAGGCAGUUGGAAUCAUUGAGGCUGUCCUGGAGAAGUUUGGCACCUAUGAACACUUUGAGGCUGCCACCGGAGGCCAGCUGCUGACCAAGUGCCAGAUUUGGUCUAUUGUGCGCAAAUACAUGCAGAAGGAGGGCUGCGUUGGGGAGGUUGUGGUGCAGCUGAGUGAGGACCUGCUGUCCCAGGCAGUGAUGAUGGUGGAGAACAGCCGACCCACAUUGGCCAUCAACCUGACUGGAGCGCGCCAGUAUUGGCUGGAGGGCAUGCUGCGGCACGAGAUAGGCACCCACUACCUGCGGGGCGUGAACAACGCACGACAGCCAUGGCGCAGCGCCGAGGGCCGGCUGCAGUACGGGCUGCGGCCGGCCAACCCCACCGAGGAGGGCCUGGCCAGCCUGCACAGCGUGCUGUUCCGCAAGCAGCCCUUCCUGUGGCGCGCCGCCCUGCUCUACUACACCAUCCACCGCGCCGCGCGCAUGUCCUUCCGCCAGCUCUUCCAGGACCUGGCGCGCUAUGUGCAGGACGCCGACGUGCGCUGGGAGUACUGCGUGCGUGCCAAGCGCGGCCAGACCGACACCUCGCUGCCCGGCUGCUUCAGCAAGGACCAGGUGUACCUGGAUGGCAUCGUGCACAUUCUGCGGCACCGCCAGACCAUCGAUUUCCCGCUGUUGACCUCUCUGGGCAAGGUGUCCUAUGAGGAUGUGGACCACCUGCGGCCCUAUGGGGUGCUGGAUAAUACCCGGGUGCCCCACUUCAUGCAGGACUUGUCACGCUACCAACAGCAGCUGGAGCACAUCAUGGCCACCAACCGUCUGGAUGAGGCGGAGCUUGGCCGCCUACUGCCUGACUGAUGUUGGUUGAGGGCUACAGGCAGAGGCCCUGGGCAUAUGGCUCCAGGUCGGCCCCCAGAACAUGAAGCUGUCUGCUCUGUGCUUCCACAGUCUGGGUGUUUCUUAGGGGCAUUGGGAAGGCAGGAGCAUCCUGGGAGGAGGAGCCACAACAUAAGAGGGUUUGUGUCCCUUGCUAGCCUCCUUGGGGCCUAGGGACCAGCAGCAGCAUGUCAAGCAAAGUGAUUUGUCCUCCUGCCUCCAGCUCUUUUUU